AUGAUCCUUCUCCUCUGUCUAACCCUUUAUGUUCAAACUGUUUCAGGUAAUGUAAAAGAUCAUUUUUUGGUUUGUAUUGCACACCUAAAUUUAGACUCCUUUUUUCAUAUAUUUUUGCACAAAUGGUAACUGUGUGUUAUUCCUGUUUUCACAGGUUCUUCUUACAGUGAUAAUAUAACCCAGACUCGGGGGGACAUCUUCACAAAAACAGGAAACCCAGCCAUAAUGACCUGCAGACACACUGUUAGUAGCUUUAACAGGAUCCUCUGGUACAAACAGUUAAAGAGCAAAGAGAUUCAGUUCCUUGGGAACAUGUUUGGAGGUAGUGAUUUUCCUGAAGAUAAGACUGAAGUGAAGAUCGAGGGGAACGCAAAUGCAAAUAAAAACUGCACAUUGACAAUUUUAGCGGUGGACCUGAACAGCAGUGCAGUGUAUUUCUGUGCUGCUAGUAUACACAAUGCUUCAUAUCUUUGCUUCUCAAUACAAAAACCCUCUGAUGUUGUGUUUAGUUCAUCUCUGUGUCACAGUUCACCACACCUGUAUCAAAGCGCUGUAACCGUUUUCUUUUCCUCUCCCUGA